AUGGGUUUCCUGGGCAGGCUGGCGGUGCUGCCAAAACUUGCGGCGGCGGGCCGGGCCGGCGGGGCCUGGUGGCGGCGGGACCGACCCUGCGCGGUGGUCCCGCUCCCGGGCCGCGCCGCCGCUGCCCUCCGCCUGCCGCCCGGCGGCCGCGCCGCCUCCUCAGGGGCGCUGGGCGAGUACGAGAAAGUUUUCCGGAACUCCGUGGAGGAGCCCGAGAAAGUCUGGGGAGCAGCCGCCGAAAAGAUCCAGUGGGACAAGCCCUGGGUCCGGACUCUGGAGAGGGGCAGCGCCGGGAGCGCCUCCUGGUUUGUAGGUGGAGAGCUGAACAUCUGUUACAAUGCUGUAGAUCGUCAUGUUGAGAAUGGCCGAGGAGACCAAGUUGCCAUUAUUUUUGACAGUCCUGUAACAAAUACCAAAGAGAAAAUAACAUAUAAGGAACUUCUUGAGCAGGUCUCCAAGUUAGCUGAUGUCAUGAUCAGACAUGGUGUGAAGAAAGGAGAUCGUGUGGUCAUCUACAUGCCAAUGAUUCCACAGACCGUGUACUGUAUGCUGGCUUGUGCAAGAAUAGGAGCCAUCCAUAGCCUGAUUUUUGGUGGAUUUGCAUCUAAAGAGCUUUCUGUUCGCAUUGAUCAUGCAAAGCCCAAAUUUAUUGUAACAGCUAGUUUUGGAGUAGAACCAAAAAGAAAAGUGGAAUACAUAUCUCUCCUAGAAGGAGCACUGGCAAGGGUACAGAGCAAACCUGAUAAAGUUCUCAUUUACAAGCGACCUAAUUUGGGGCACGUUCCUCUUACCCGAGGUCGCGAUCUUGACUGGGAAGAAGAGCUUUCAAAAGCACAGUGUUCUAAAUGUGUCUCAGUUCCCUCAGACCAUCCACUUUAUAUUCUGUAUACAUCUGGAACAACAGGCUUGCCCAAGGGUGUUGUCAGACCAACAGGUGGCUAUGCAGUUAUGCUAAACUGGACAAUGUCAGCUGUAUACGGACUCCAACCUGGUGAGGUGUGGUGGGCAGCUUCUGAUUUAGGCUGGGUUGUUGGUCAUUCCUAUAUUUGCUAUGGACCUCUCCUUCAUGGAAAUACUACAGUUUUGUAUGAGGGGAAGCCUGUGGGAACGCCAGAUGCUGGUGCCUAUUUCCGUGUGCUAGCAGAGCAUGAAGUAACUGCCUUCUUUACUUCACCAACUGCAAUUAGAGCAAUCCGUCAGCAGGACCCUGAGGCAGCCUUGGGAAAGCAGUACUUUCUGAAAAGGUGAAUUAAGGAUACACUGGAAGCAGUUUGUUCCAGAAACAAACUGGAUGAACUAAGAAUAAUGGAGUAUCUGCCCACCUCUGUAGAGCAGCAUUUUAACAUAUUCUUGAAAAUGUAGGUGUACAUGUAUUUGCUUACAAAUUUAUAUUGAUAGUCAGAGGAGAUGAAAGCUGUUAAAAAAUCUGUGACUAACAUAAAGAGCUUUUACUGAGUUAGGAUUUCACAUCCAUCCUAAAUUUUACUGUGUUUAUUCCCUGUAAUACAGUAUUGUAUACUGUUUUCCCACAUAACUUCUCAUUUUGUUGAGUGCAUAGGAUCUUUAGUGUUUGUUAAAUCAACAGCUAGUCAAUGUUUUGGUUGUCCUCCCCAUAACUUUGUUAUUUUUUAUGAUUAUGUGCUCCAAAGACUGAGCUAUUUGCUAUCUCGUACUGGUUUUAAGGCGUUUAUCAGUAUACUGUCAGCAUGCUUCAAAAUCAUGACUGAAUUCAUCCUCACAAAUCUCCUGUGAGAUGAGAGAGUGGUAUUAUCUGUAUUUUGCAUAUGGGAAGCUGAGGCACAGAGAGAUUAAGGUCAAAGUCUUCUGUUAGUUUUAAAUAUCCAGUCUGAGCUACUGAACUAUCCCUGUUUCAGAGUUCUUAGCAUCACAUGGCUAAAAUGUCUUAUUAGCAUUAUGUU